AUCAGGGUUUUCCAUGUUGCUCAUUCUUUGUGUUUCUUCCCCUCAGGUCGUCGCCGGGUUCAAUCGUCUGAGACAAGAACAGAGAGGACUAGCCUCCAAGGCUGCGGAGCUGGAGAUGGAACUGAAUGAACACAUAUUGGUGAUUGAUACGUUAAAGGACGUGGAUCAUAAUCGGCGGUGUUAUCGUAUGGUCGGGGGGGUGCUGGUGGAGCGGACGGUGAAGGAGGUCCUCCCAGCCCUGGAGAAUAAUAAGGAUCAGAUCAAUAAGAUCAUGGAGACGCUGAGCGCACAGCUACAGACCAAGGGCCGCGAGCUCAACGAGUAUCGGGAGAAACACAACAUCCGCCUCAUGGGGGAGGACGAGCAGAAGCAGACGCCAAAGGAGGACGGGGGCAAAUCCAGCUCUGCCGGGGUCCUGGUGUCCUGAUCCGUCCGGGGGGCGGCCAUCUUUUUCUUAUUUAAUGGAGAACAGUUUCCUCGCUGCUCUGGGCCCCUCAGAUCUGGGUUACCCCUAAACCGGGGCGGCGAAAAUAAAUCACAGGCUUCACACUGAGCAUGUCAACUUUUUGUUUUGUUUUUCUUUGUUAAAUAAAGUUAUUUGUUGUUACGGUUA